AUGGCAGUUAAAGUCUCUGUCUCUUUGCACUGUUACCAUUCCUUCCCUUCUCCUCACUCUCCCUUUCUUUCACUCUGUUGGUGUUCCUUCUCUUCUCUCUGAUAUUUUCUAAUUCCAAAUCUCUCUGUUUUAGAAUUCAGAUUCUCCCUUCUGUUUGUGUUCAGGUUGUUCCAAGAAUUUGCAGCUUUAUACAAACACAUGUCUCUCCAACAACCAAAUCAAGAGGUGCCAUUGCAAGAACCAGAAGCCGCAUUUUCUCAACUGAGCAAACAAAACUCAAUACUCUCACUCACCCUUGAUGAGUUCUAUUGCAAGAAUGGGAAGAGCUUAGGUUCCAUGAACAUGGAUGAAUUCCUUUCCAGCAUUUGGAACUCAGAUGAUAACAACCAAGUUAACCCACCACUACCAACCCUUGAUGAAGCUGCGAAGGGUAAAAGUGUAAUAGCAACAGAACCCACCACAAUUUCCCAGCCAGGCUCAUUAUCUGUCCCUCCUCCAAUUUGCAAGAAAACAGUGGAUGAAGUUUGGUCUCAGAUCCACAAAAGCCAACCAGACCACAAUGAUGCUAACAAUAGCCUUGCAAGGAAUGAGCCACUACUCAAAAGGCAACAAACACUUGGGGAAAUGACUUUAGAGGAUUUCCUAGUAAAAGCUGGGGUGGUACAAGAAUCAUCAUCACUAUUCCAGUCUUCAUUGUUACCUCAGAAUCAGAUUGGUAACAUUGCAAGUAAUGGACCAUUGGGUGCAGGUUAUAGGUUGAGGCCUGUAAUAGGGACAGGAUCUAGUGUGUCUUGUAAUGGACUUGAAACACAAAACAUGUUGGCACAGAAUAACAACUUAGUUGUAAAGGAUCUCACUACAAAUGGUGCUGUGGAGAAAUGUCCAAGCUUGGGAGAAUCAAAUGGGAAGGGUAAUAGGAAGAGGAUCAUUGAUGGUCCUCCUGAAGUGGUAGUAGAGAGAAGGCAGCGCAGAAUGUUGAAGAAUCGAGAAUCAGCUGCACGUUCUCGAGCACGAAGACAGGCAUAUACGGUGGAACUAGAAGCAGAGUUGAAUCUGCUAAAGGAAGAGAACGAAAAGCUCAAACAAACUCUGGCUGAAGCUGAACGCAAGAGAAAACAAGAGAUUUCUCAGAGAAAGCACACAACAAUGGCUCAAAAGAGGACAGAAAAUUUGAGGGCAAUGAGGAGGCCUCUAAGCGCAUCCUGGUGAACAAGCAUCAACAGCAAGGAUUAAAAAUUAGCAUACACAUGUGGAAAAAAUAAAUAAUGUAUCUGUAUUAUCUAAGAUACACCUCAACCGUUUAUUAAAAUUUAAAAUGUAAGUACAUUCGGAAAUAUAUGGACAAUAGGAAAAUAAGAGAGGAUGCAUGAUAUUAUUAUUCUGCUGCAUAAAUAGUUUAUAAAUAUUUCAAGGGUUAUAAA